AAUGAAGACAAUAUUGUCAUCGGAGACGAUGGACAUACCCGAUGGGGUUAAAAUCAAAGUAAACGCCAAGAUUAUUGAGGUUGAGGGACCUCGAGGGAAGCUCACCCGCAACUUCAAGCACCUGAAUCUCGAUUUCCAGCUGAUUAAGGACGAGGAGACUGGCAAGCGCAAACUCAAAAUAGAAGCGUGGUUCGGUUCCAGGAAGACCAGCGCUGCCAUCCGCACCGCCCUCAGCCACGUCGAGAAUUUGAUAACAGGUGUCACAAAGGGAUAUCGCUACAAGAUGCGAUUUGUGUAUGCUCACUUUCCUAUCAAUGCCUCCAUCACCAACUCCAACUCUGCCAUUGAAAUCCGCAACUUUCUUGGCGAGAAGAAGGUCAGGAAAGUUGAUAUGUUGGAAGGUGUAACUGUUGUUCGAUCUGAAAAAGUUAAAGAUGAGCUUGUACUGGAUGGCAAUGACAUUGAAUUGGUGUCACGGUCAGCUGCCCUGAUCAAUCAGAAAUGCCAUGUUAAGAACAAAGAUAUCAGGAAAUUCCUUGAUGGUAUCUAUGUCAGCGAGAAAGGCACUGUUGCCGAACAAGAGUGAUAUUCUAGUCGCAUUAUAUUUUCUUGGCUUUGUUACCCUGGUUAUGAGGAUGUCUUGUUGUUUUAGAAAAAAUUUCGAUUAUAAAGUUUUGGAUAUCUUCUAUAUGGCUUGGCUGAGCUCAAUUGAAUUAAAUUGACAUUUCUUUUGCA